AUGUCUUCUCCAGGAUUCUUUGCUCGUAUCAAGCUCCUCAACCCUUCCCACUCAGUCGUCAAGGACACUGACGCACUUAGGAUUGGUAUGUUGGGAGCGGCCAACAUUGGCCCCCCCGCCCUCAUCGGUGCCGCCAAGCACCUCCCCUCCAUCAUCGUCGUCUCUGUCGCCGCUCGCGAUCCAGCCAAAGCCAAGGCUUAUGCGGAUAAGAACGGGAUCCCAAACACACACGCCUCCUACGACGCCCUCAUUGCCGACCCAGAAAUCGACUGCAUCUACAACCCCCUCCCCAACGGCCUCCACUACGAAUGGACACGCAAAGCCCUCGAGGCCGGAAAACACGUCCUCCUCGAGAAACCCGCCACAUCCAACGAGGCCCAAGCCAAGGACCUCGUCGCCUUCGCCCAAUCCAAGAACCUGGUUCUCCUCGAAGCAUUCCAUUUCCGCUUCCACCCAGCCUCGAUCAAAUUCCGUGAGUUGGUCCAAACUCAUGUCGCCUCGGGACAUCCUAUUCAAAAGGUCAAAGCCGUCAUGGCGUUCCCGACGCUUUUCGGAUUAGAUGAUAUCCGGUUCAACUACAAGCUUGCGGGCGGGAUCAACAUGGACGCCGGAUGCUACACCAUCAAUUCGAUCCGUUACUUUUCAGGAUUGGAAGUCGAAUCGGUCGAGGCUGCGAAACCAAAGAUUGUAGCGGAGAAUAUCGAUGGGCGGAUGGAGGCCACGUUGAGGUUGAAGGGUGGGGCUGAGGCGAAACUGAUUGCCAGUCUGACCAACCCUUGGUUCUCGGUCAAGACCUAUCAGGAGGUUUUCCCCAAGUUUACGGUCGAAACCGAUGAUAAGAUCUUUACCUUUGGCGUCUUUGUCCUCCCCGCUGUGUACCACUAUAUCUCGGUGAAGGACAAAGCAACAGGAAAAACAGAGGCCCUGCCCAAACAAUACGGCGGGGGGUUCUCGACCUACAAGUACCAGUUGGAAGCAUUCGUUAAGGCAGUCAAGUCUGGCAACAACAAGGACGUCGUGAAUGCCAUACCUGGAUGGGUCUCAGGCGAGGACACCAUCGCCAACAUGAAGGUCGUCGAUGACGUCUACAGGAAGGCUGGCAUGAUUCUCCGUGAGUAA